AUGUCCUUCAUAGUUGAGUAUUUGUUUCAAUGUGGACACUGGGAACUGUUCUCAAAAGUCUAUGGCCCUGUGUUCACUCUGUAUUUUGGCAAGAAGCCUUCUGUGGUGGUGCAUGGAUACGAAGCAGUAAAGGAAGUUCUGGAUGACCUUGGAGAGGAGUUUUCAGGAAGGGGUAGCUCCCCAGUUGUCGAAAGAAUGAAUAACGGCCUUGGAGUCAUUUUCAGUAAUGGAACAACGUGGAAGGAGCUCCGGCGCUUCUCACUUAUGACUUUGAGGAAUUUUGGGAUGGGGAAGAGGAGCAUCGAGGAUCGCAUUCAAGAGGAAGCGCGGUGCCUCGUGGAAGAGUUGAGAAAAACAAAUGGCUCACUCUGUGAUCCCACCUUCAUCCUGAGCUGUGCUCCCUCCAACGUGAUCUGCUCAGUUAUUUUCCACAAUCGUUUUGAUUAUAAAGAUGAGAAUUUUCUUAACUUGAUGGAGAAAUUAAAUGAAAACUUUAAAAUUUUUAACUCCCCAUGGAUGCAGGUGAGACAAAGAUGUUUUCUUCACAGCAAAUCAUUUAUCUUUAUUUCUCUAACAAAUUAAAACUUUCACUUUAGUUCAAUGUGUCUAAUUUCUAGGCAUUCACCUCAAAGCUUGGUAUAAAGAAUUUUGUUGGAAAGCAGAAUCAGUUUCUGUUACCCUUCCUCCCCCCUC